AUGGUGGAAGACGUAUUUGCCAAGGACGGACUGGGCCAAAAAACAUACGGCUCUGGAUUCGACAAGAGUGCUCAUGAGAAGGGAGCCAUUCUUGAGUUUGAUGGUCUUGAGUUUGAUGAUGCCGAAUUCGGAGGUUUUGACUUGAACAAUGUUCUAGGUGGUGGCCGGUCAAGUGGUGAGCGCAUGGCGAAGCGACAAGGAGGCCGAGGUAAGUGUCACGGCCACUUAACGGGUAGUGUAGAAGUGCCAUGCGAAGGCGCCCCCUACCUGUUGGAGCGGCGCAAGCGGGUGGUGUCGAUGGCUAGCCUGAUUCCAGUGGGGGCCCGAGGUGUAUUGAUGCUGCCCGUAACGUUUAUGACUCAGGCCUAUCAACUGACACAGCCUCAAGAAAAUAUAUACAUGGUCGGCCUAAGCAACCUGCCUUCGGAUACGCUCUUAUUGGACACUAGCGUCCAAGUAAUCAAUGAUCAGAUAAUAGAGGCGCGGUACAAGCCGUCAGUGUUUGGACGAGUGUAUAGGCGUGUUUGUGCAAACGAAGUUGUACGUGGAUUUCUUUGGUACCCAAAAGAAGCGCAACGCGAAAUAAUAACACCUAUAUUCCAGGUAGCCCGGGAAACGGUAACUACCUGGCUGGUGCUACCGGUCCGAAGACUUCUUGGGCUGGCUAAGAUGGAGCCUGAAGAGAUUGAGCCGCCGCGAUUGUUCUCGACAUAUGGCGGCACUCAGAAUGAGGCCUUGAAACCAGCCCCUCCGGUGGCUGUUUUGGAGUUCCCUGUUGAGGAGCAGAAGGUGUACUGGAACGCAUUUCUGAGUUCAUUCAAUUUCAAUGUUCCACAGGCAAUGAGCAGUUUGCGUGGUCUGAAAUUCGUGGCCAGCACGCAACCCAUGGCCCCCGGAACUGCAAGGGAAUGGGCGCUGGGUUUUGUAAGGACGUCGCCCCGCUAUGUCACCUUCUUCGACGACGAUGACAUACCCCAUCCACUACGGACCGAAUGGGUUUGGAAUGUUUUACAACAUCAUAAAUUGGACGCUGUGAUUCACGGCUAUGAACCGCAAAGGCUUAAUCGCAACCGGAAGCUUAGGGACUUAAGAUCGUGGUACUACGACCUUACUCAACUCUACAGGAAGAGGAACCAAUUUGACAUUUUUGGAACGAGUCGAUCAAUUAAUAAUCAGGAAAUAAAUACAAGCAAUGAAAAUGGUGGAAGAGCAACUGCAACCAAUGGGGCAACCAAUGGGGCAACCAAUGGGGCAACCAAUGGGGCAACCAAUGGGGCAAGCAAUGGGGCAAUAAGAAGCCUCCAAGGGAAUGUCAGUUUGUGGACGCGGCUAUGGCAUCGGGGAAAAGACUUAGAACUACAAGAAAGAGAGCUGACAAAUAUGGAACCCGAAAGAUCACCUGAUGAGCUGCUAAUAAGAUCCGAUGUUACGUCUACAGCUCAUUGUAAUAUUACAACUGCGAGACCCGAUUUGGGGGAAUGGUAUGAUGAAGACUAUCCCGAUGAAAGAUACUUGAGAUUUCCCGAGCAAUAUUUCUGGUCUUACUUUCAGAGGCCAAAACUACACAGCGGCUGGAUCACACUCAGAACCGAAAUACUGCAGAAUGAGAUCCAUUUCCUUCCAUUCAAAUCUGGGGAAGAUAUUUAUUUCGUUUGGAAACUGCUAGCAGCUUGCAAACGCGUCGGAAUGUACCGGAAUGUUUUGGCCAAAUAUAAUCAUCCACAUCUGAUUGAUUAA